AUGGACACUGCUCUGGAAGCCAACCUGGACACUGCUGGCCGCAGGGCCCGCACAGAACUUGAUGAUGAGGACUACUACCCCCAGGGUGGCUGGGACACAGUCUUCCUGGUGGCCUUGCUGCUCCUGGGGCUGCCGGCCAAUGGGCUGAUGGCGUGGCUGGCUGGCUCACAGGCCAGGCGUGGGGCGGGCACGAGGCUGGCCCUGCUCCUACUCAGCCUCGCCCUCUCCGAUUUUUUGUUCCUGGCGGCAGCAGCCUUUCAGAUUCUGGAGAUCCAGCAUGGAGGGCAUUGGCCACUGGGGACAGCUGCCUGCCGCUUCUACUACUUCCUGUGGGGCGUGUCCUACUCUUCUGGCCUCUUUCUGCUGGCGGCCCUCAGCCUGGACCGCUGCCUGCUGGCACUGUGCCCACGCUGGUACCCCGGGCGCCGCCCGGCCCGUUUGCCCCUGUGGGUCUGUUCUGGGGUCUGGGUGCUGGCCACUCUCUUCAGUGUGCCCUGGCUGGUCUUCCCUGAGGCCACCGUCUGGUGGUACGACCUAGUCAUUUGCCUGGACUUCUGGGACAGUGAGGAGCUGCCCCUUCGGAUGCUGGAGAUCCUGGGGGGCUUCCUGCCAUUCGUCCUCCUGCUGGUCUGCCACGUGCUCACCCAGGCCGCCACCUGCAGGACCUGCCGCCGCCACCAGCCCCAGCCCACUACCUGCCUCGGCUUUGCCCGUGUGGCCAAGACCAUUUUGUCGGCCUACGUGGUCCUGCGGCUGCCCUACCAGCUGGCGCAGCUGCUCUACUUGGCCUUCCUGUGGGACUUCUACCCCGGCUACCUGCUCUGGGAGGCCCUGGUCUACUCCGACUACCUGAUCCUGCUCAACAGCUGCCUCAGCCCCUUCCUCUGCCUCAUGGCCAGUGCCGACCUCCGGGCCCUGCUGAGCACGGUGUUCUCCUCCUUUGCGGCCGCUCUCUGCGAGGAGCGGCCAGGCAGCUUCCCGCCAGCUGAGCCACAGACCCAGGGCGGCUCUGAGGGCCCAACUCUGCCAGGACCACUGGCUGAGGCCCAGCCACGGUCGGAUGCUGCGGCCCAGCAACAGCCAGCUGUUGAGGCCCAGACCCCUGCCUCUGCUUCCAGCCUGGCUCCUGGCCCCGGUGAUGAAGCCUCCCCGGGCCCGUCCCCAGAUCCCACCUCUGGAGCCUCUGAGAACCCAGCCGCGCCGGCUGUCCCUGAGAGAGACAGCCCUGGCAGUGCCCCGCCAGAGGAAGCUCCCAGCACAGGCCCCACAUGA